GUGGGGGGGGCGGGACUGGGGCCGAGAGCGGUUCGCGCGCUUCGGGCCUAGUCCGGACUCGCCGCCGCCGCCGCCAUAUUCCCGGAUACCGCAGUGGCAUCUUCCUUACUUUGUCCGUUCUCCGGGCUCGCGAUCUUCCUUCCGGAGCCAUGUCAGAAGGAGUGGACUUGAUUGAUAUAUAUGCUGACGAGGAGUUCAAUCAGGACCCAGAGUUCAACAAUACAGAUCAGAUUGACCUGUAUGAUGACGUGUUGACAGCCACCUCACAGCCCUCAGAUGACAGAAGCAGCAGCACUGAGCCACCACCUCCUGUUCGCCAGGAGCCGUCUCCCAAGCCCAAUAACAAGAGUCCUGCGAUCCUGUACACGUACAGCGGCCUCCGCAAUAGGCGAGCUGCUGUCUAUGUGGGCAGCUUCUCCUGGUGGACCACAGACCAGCAGCUGAUCCAGGUUAUUCGCUCUAUAGGAGUCUAUGAUGUGGUGGAGUUGAAAUUUGCAGAGAAUCGAGCAAAUGGCCAGUCCAAAGGGUAUGCUGAGGUGGUGGUAGCCUCUGAAAACUCUGUCCACAAAUUGUUGGAACUCCUUCCAGGAAAAGUUCUUAAUGGAGAAAAAGUGGACGUGAGGCCGGCCACCCGGCAGAACCUGUCACAGUUUGAGGCACAGGCUCGGAAACGUGAGUGCGUCCGAGUCCCAAGAGGGGGAAUACCUCCACGGGCCCAUUCCCGGGAUUCUAGUGAUUCUGCUGAUGGACGGGCCACACCCUCUGAGAACCUUGUACCCUCAUCUGCCCGUGUGGAUAAGCCCCCCAGUGUGCUGCCCUACUUCAAUCGCCCUCCUUCAGCCCUCCCCCUGAUGGGUCUGCCCCCACCCCCAAUUCCACCCCCACCUCCUCUCUCCUCAAGCUUUGGGGUCCCUCCUCCUCCUCCUGGCAUCCACUACCAGCAUCUCAUGCCCCCUCCUCCUCGAUUACCUCCUCAUCUGGCUGUACCUCCCCCUGGGGCCAUCCCACCUGCCCUUCACCUCAAUCCAGCCUUCUUCCCCCCACCAAAUGCUACAGUGGGGCCUCCACCAGAUACUUACAUGAAGGCCUCAGCACCCUAUAACCACCAUGGCAGCCGAGAUUCGGGCCCUCCGCCCUCUACAGUGAGUGAAGCAGAAUUUGAAGAGAUCAUGAAGCGAAAUAGAGCAAUUUCCAGCAGUGCCAUUUCCAAAGCGGUAUCUGGAGCCAGUGCAGGGGAUUACAGUGACGCGAUUGAGACGCUGCUCACAGCCAUUGCUGUUAUCAAACAGUCCCGGGUCGCCAAUGAUGAGCGUUGCCGUGUCCUCAUCUCCUCUCUUAAGGACUGUCUUCAUGGCAUUGAAGCCAAGUCCUACAGUGUGGGUGCCAGCGGGAGCUCGUCCAGGAAGAGACACCGGUCCCGAGAGCGAUCGCCUAGCCGGUCCCGGGAGAGCAGUAGGAGGCACCGGGACAUGCUUCAUAACGAAGAGCGGCAUGAUGAUUACUUCCAGGAAAGGAACCGGGAGCACGAGAGACACCGGGAUAGAGAACGGGACCGGCACCACUGAGAAAGGAGUCUGGUUGGAAGCAAAUGUUUUUUUAAUGGACUUGCAUCUCCUCACCUUGAUCAGGACUAAAGGACGGAGGCCACUCCACCCCUCCCCCUUCCUCCAAACCCCUAGCCCCCUUCAGACACCCAGGGAAUACCCUCUGCCCUACAGGAUUGAAGACUGCCUGGCAGCCCUCCCAAUCCCACACCUCCUGUUUGUCAGGGGAAGGAACCUAAAGACUUUGUGUGGUUGGGAGGGGUGGCAGACAG